AUGCACUCUUGUCCUCCAGAAAUUCAUGCGCAUAUCUUCUCUCUGGCCUGCACCGACGAUGGGCGGACUGGAUGCUCACUCUCUUCUGUGUCGAGAUACGUUCGCCUCGUCUCAGCACCGUAUCAAUGGCAAAACCUCGUCCUUUCCGGUCUCCCUCGGGUCAAACGCUUCGUCGCCUCGCUCAACGCUUUCGUCCUCCACUCUUCCUCUACCCGCACAUCAGCAUCGACAUCACUCAUCUCGCCAUCCGCCACACGUCCCAUAUCCCACCUUUUCCUCUCCAACCGCAUCUCCUCCUGCGCCCGGGAUCGCCGCACAUUCGAACGCAAUGCCGUAUCCCAUCUCCCCGAGCGCACCAGGAUCGACCAAGCCUUUGACUCCGAAGCCGCAGAAUUCGCUCACGCCGUCCACCAGAUCCUCGUAUAUGCCUCUCCUUCCCUCCGCAUGCUCACGCUCAUGUCUUACGACGUUCAUCUUUCGCCGAAGAACGGGUUGAAGUGGGAUAAGGUGUUUAGGGAGCAGAUGCCAAAGUUGGAAGAGGUGACGAUUCGAGGAGGGUUUCGGGAGGGAGAGAUGUCGAUGAGGGACUUUGGCGAUCUUGGCGGAGGUGGCCAUACGUCCGAGACCAUUUCGCGGUUGGAGAGCGGCAAUGGACACCUUAGUCCUGGAAGAGGGGACGCGGAAGAUCCUGAAUCGUCGGAACCAACGCUAGCAGUCGCUUCAUCUGCUAUAUUUCCAUCUCUGAAACGAUUGCACCUCAUAUCUCCCACGCCUUUCGAACCUUUCAUUCGUAAAAUCCAACCCCUCGCCCCCUCACUUUCCCACAUCCGACUCUCAGACCUCGAGGCUACCGACUACAACCUCGCGCGCACCAUUUUCUCCGAGCUCGUCGAGCGCGACGUCGUCCCUUCUGUGCUCCCUGGCCUUCACGAACUUGACCAAUGGUCCUCCAUACCCACCGCUUUACCCGUCGAAUGGCCUCCUAUUCUUCCUCGUCAUGGCGUCUUUGAACGUCUCAUACUACAUCCAUCUGCUCUACCACCGAAACCUGAGAAACAAUGCGGUUGUUGUUCGGGGUAUUAUCAACUUGACGAUAUGACGCGGUUGUUGAGGGAGAUGGCGAGAGAGUCAAAUGGGGACGCUUUCGUCUUUUUGCCGGCUGGCCAUCCAGGAAAGAAUGCAUCGCGUUUGGGUGGCUGUUCAGGGGAAGGCUACAGCUACGAGGAAGCGUUACGGAGCUGGGGUGAUCGCGCUUGUGGCGACGGGCAGGGUUGUUGGACGCAGAAGAAUGAUGUGGGUAUCGAUGUACCCAGCGAGGACGUGAGCGAGGAUCUGGGGUGGGAAGAGGUAUUGGUGCACAGAAGGGGGUGGACUGUGGAUAGGUCGGUGCUGAGGUACCUAUUGGAUAGGCCUUCUCAGUUGCCUGCUUGA